GAGAGACUGACUCACGAGAAAGGGGACUCUUCUCCAAGACUUUACCGAGUCCUUACGCGUUGUCUCCACCAAACCCUUUUUCAGUUCUCAACUUUCAACUCCAAGCUCAGGUCUGAUCUUCUUUGCUCUACGAAUCAAUCAACCCUUUUAGGUUUUGUUUUUUUCUCAUCUCUUGUGUGUUUUUGAUCCAAACAAUUUCGAUAACGCAUUAGUUACUGGGAAGGAGGGGAUUAUAUAACUAUCAACAGAAAUAGGUAUUUGUGAUUUGCGAGUGCUGAAAUUAGAUAGUUCAAAAAAAAAAGGGGGGGGAAGGUUGUGAGAUGGCUGACAAUAAUUUGAUGGAAAAAGUGAACGCUUUGGGAGAGCGUUUGAAAAUAGGAGGGGUUGAGGUGGGUCGCAAGAUGAGUGCGGGCGUGAGUUCCAUGAGCUUCAAAGUGAAGGAGUUCUUCCAGGGUCCCAAUCAGGUUGAUAAGAUUGUUGAGGAUGCUACCUCUGAGGCCCUUGAUGAGCCUGAUUGGGCAAUGAAUCUUGAUAUCUGUGACUUGAUCAACACUGAGAAGGUCAACAGUGUUGAUUUGAUCCGUGGAAUUAAGAAACGGAUCAUGAUCAAGAGCCCUAGGGUUCAGUAUCUCUCUUUGGUUUUGCUUGAAACAUGUGUUAAGAAUUGUGAGAAGGCUUUCUCCGAGGUGGCAGCGGAGAGAGUCCUUGAUGAGAUGGUGAGGCUCAUUGAUGAUCCUCAAACUGUUGUUAAUAACCGCAACAAGGCUUUGACCAUGAUUGAGGCGUGGGGAGAGUCCACCGGAGAGCUCCGCUAUCUCCCUGUUUAUGAAGAAACUUACAAGAGUCUGAGAUCAAGGGGUAUUCGGUUCCCUGGUCGUGACAAUGAAAGCUUGGCUCCUAUUUUUACUCCUCCUCGUUCGGUGUCUGCUCCAGAGGCUGAUGUUGAUCUUCCACCAGAGUUUCAGAAUGACGUUCCUGUUCAAAGUUUUACGCCUGAACAAACAAAGGAAGCCUUUGAUGUUGCAAGAAAUAGCAUUGAACUUCUUUCUACUGUGUUAUCAUCUUCACCGCAACAGGAUGUUUUACAGGAUGAUUUGACCACCACACUUGUACAGCAGUGUCGUCGCUCUCAAUCUUCUGUCCAGCGAAUUAUUGAAACUGCCGGGGAUAAUGAAGCACUGCUUUUUGAGGCCUUGAAUGUUAAUGAUGAGAUUGUGAAGGUUCUCACCAAUUAUGAAGAGUUGAAGAAGCCUACAGAUGUCCCACUUCAUCCUGAACCAGCUAUGAUACCAGUUGCUGUUGAGCCAGAUGAGUCACCUCAUACUAAAGAAGAUGCCUUGAUUAGAAAGCCAGCUGGAUCAAGAACUGGUGUCCAGGGUGGUAGCAAUGAUGACAUGAUGGAUGAUCUUGAUGAGAUGAUAUUUGGGAAAAAAAGUGGGGAUGCAUCAGCAGAUGGUGGACACGAUACAAAGAAGCAGCAAUCAUCGAAAGAUGAUCUCAUCUCCCUCUAAGCUGCACUACUAAUCAACCUUGAAGAUAGGACAGAGUGCCUUUAAUAUCUCGCUACUUUUAUAUCUAGAUGUUGAUUGCGAACUUUGUUCAGAAUUUCAGAUUGCACCUUCCAUUUUUUAUUUUUUAUUUUAUUUUUGGCACAUUCUGUGCAACUUGUGUUUGAAUUAUGGUAUAUAAGUUCGUGACAAGGUAUAGAUGGGAAACUUUCUGGAGAAUUUCAAUGAUCU